CCACCUCCACCUCCACCCCCACCUCGACCCCGCGCACCAACCCCGCCGAAUCGCCACCGCAUUUUGCUCCACCUCCCCCUCCUUCUCGCCCCGCAUCUCCGUGGGGGGCGCGGCGGCUGAGGUGGUCUCGCUUGCGGCGGCGGCGGGAGGGGGGCGGAGGUGGCCUGGCCCCACCGGGUGGCGGCGCGGGCUCGCCCAGGGCUGGCAGGGACUGAGGCGGGCGUUUGUACGGUGUAGCUGGCCUGGGGGCAGGCGGCGGCGCGAGAUCCGGUGGUAGUGGGGUGGGGGUUGCGCCGGUGGCGCCGUGGCGGCGGCGGCGUGAUCUGGAGAUGAGAUUGGGGCCCGAGGCGCGGUGUUUGGAGACGACCUGCCUGCCAUGACGACCAACACCAAGCGCGCCUACAAGCUCCAGGAGUUUGUGGCGCAUUCAUCCAAUGUCAACUGCCUCAAGAUUGGGAGGAAGACCUCACGAGUUCUCGUGACAGGAGGAGAGGACCAUAAGGUUAAUCUUUGGGCUAUUGGGAAGCCCAAUUCAAUUUUGAGUUUAUCAGGGCAUACAAGUGCUGUUGAGUCUGUUAAUUUUGAUUCCACAGAAGUUUUUGUGGCUGCGGGAGCAGCCAGUGGAACAAUAAAACUAUGGGAUUUAGAGGAGGCAAAAAUCGUCCGCACGCUCACUGGACAUAGGUCAAACUGCAUGUCAGUUGAUUUCCAUCCUUUUGGGGAAUUCUUUGCCUCUGGGUCAUUGGACACUAAUCUCAAGAUAUGGGAUAUAAGAAGGAAAGGUUGUAUCCACACGUACAAAGGUCACACAAGAGGUGUAAAUGCAAUUAGAUUCACCCCUGAUGGCCGCUGGGUUGUGUCUGGCGGUGAAGAUAAUGUAGUCAAGCUCUGGGAUCUGACAGCUGGAAAGUUAUUGCACGAUUUCAAAUGCCACGAGGGCCAGAUUCAGUGCAUAGAUUUCCAUCCCCAUGAGUUCCUUCUGGCAACAGGUUCAGCUGAUAAAACUGUCAAGUUUUGGGAUUUGGAGACAUUUGAAUUGAUUGGGUCUACUGGACCUGAGACAACAGGUGUUCGAUCCAUGACAUUCAAUCCUGAUGGAAGAUCUCUGUUGUGUGGGUUGCAUGAAAGCUUAAAGGUUUUCUCAUGGGAACCAAUAAGAUGUCAUGACACUGUUGAUGUGGGAUGGUCUAGAUUGUCCGAUCUCAAUGUUCAUGAGGGAAAACUUCUUGGCUGUUCAUUUAAUCAAAGUUGUGUCGGAAUAUGGGUUGUAGAUCUAACGCGUCUGGAGCCAUAUGCAACGGGCACUUCAACAAAACUAAAUGGCCAUUCGGAGUUGAAGAGUUCGUCAAGUAGCACUAUGCCAUUACAAAAUGACAGUGGUUCAAGGGCUAACAUUGGGCGGUUAUCAGUUCCACAAAAUUCUGAGAAUAACAUAAAAUCUUCUACAGGAAGACUAUCAGUUUCUCAAAAUUCAGAUUCCGCACUGAAAGAGACAAAAUCAACAACUUCAAGCGGGUUGGUGCCAGGCACACCUCAAAGAGCUGGAAAUGGCUCCAGUAACAAAACAGUUGGAAAUUCAACUUUUGCAUCUAGUGGUGCCGGCUUGAAGAGAGGUUCAUUGAAGAGUAACAACUCUUCUAGUCUUCAGAAUUUUAGUAAAAUUGAUGUGGUGCCUGUGAUAAUACCAAGAACUAGCUCAGGACCAGAGCUUGCUACUGAUUCUAGGACUGAUGCUGCUGAUGUGGGUCCUAUUCUUUCUAAGGGUGGUAGAAGAAUAGAGAUUGCAAAUGAUUCUAGGAAAGAAAGUUGUGAUGUGGCAGCAACUGUUGUUCCCAGAACAAACUCUAGAGCUGAAAUGGCCUCUGAUUCAGCACCUGUUGUUCCCAGAGCUAACCUAAGAAUGGAAAUGAGCUCUGAUUCGGCUCCUAUUGUUCCCAAGUCAGGCAGAAGGUUAGAGGCUUCUGUUGAAUCUAGGAAAGAAAGUGCUGAUGUAGCAUCUGCUGCUGCUCCGAAGACAAAUUCACGGAUGGAAGUGGCCCCAGAUUCUGCACCUCUUCUUUCUAAGGCAAGCAGAAGGGUAGAGUCUGCUACUGAUUCAAGGAAAGAGAGUGCUGAUGUGGCACCUGUUGUUCCCAGAUCAACUUCUAGAAUGGAAAUGGCUUCGGAUUCUAGGAGAGAACUUUCUGCUGGACGAAUGUCACCGUUUAGAGCCCAAUCAAGAUAUGGUGAACUACGGAAGUUAAAUAAUGCCAAAGUUGAUACAGAUAAAGUUGAUUCAGGGAGCAAAAACAGUGAAGCAGAUGAUUUUGCUUGUCAAAUAUACCUUCCUCGGAGGAAUGGCAUUCUUCAGACUGUAAUUUCUGAAGAAACCCGGGAAGAUGUAAAACCUGGUGUUACUGACAGGAUGGGAUUCCCAAGUUCAGCCGAACCAAAUACACACCGCAGUGAGAAUUAUGUUUCUAGAAUGCGUAAGCCAAGAGAUAACUGCUAUAUUGAAGUUUCACGAGCAGGAAGGGCAAGGUCAAUUGCUUCUAAUUGGGAAGGCAGGGAUCGGUCACCUAGUAAUGAAGAACCAACAACAAGCAGUUCUUCUUCAAUGGCCUCUACAGGCCGAUUGUAUCCAUCUAGAGGAAGCAGUCAAGCAGCUGAAACUCCGACGGUAGCAAGCGAUGAGGAUGUUCUAUCUGUUCUAAUGGAACAACAUGAUCUAUUUCUAAGCUCAACUCGAUCUCGGCUGACAAAAUUGCAGAUUGUUCAUCAAAUGUGGCAAAGAAAUGAUAUACGGGGUGUUAUUGCAGCAAUGGAGAAGAUGUCUGAUCAUGCUGUAUCUGCUGAUGUGGCAAGUGUUCUGAUGGAGAAAAGUGAAACAAUAACGCUAGAUUUAUGUACUGUUAUUCUGCCUGUCCUUACUGAACUUCUCGAGAGUAAAACUGACAGGCACUUAGGUGUUUCACUGGAAUUAUUGGUGAAGCUUGUAAGGACGUUUGGGUCGGUAAUUCAUUCAACGGUAUCAGCUGGUCCCUCUUCUGUUGGUGUAGAUCUUCAAGCAGAGCAAAGGCGGGAGCGUUGCAACCUAUGCUUUAUUGAAUUGGAGAAGGUCAAAAAUAAGCUUCCAUCUCUUUCCAGAAGAAAAGGGGCAGUUGCAAACACGGCACAGGAGCUCAGUCUUGUUUUCCAGGAACUUAUGUAGUUGGCUGACCACAAACUCAUACACAACUGAAUGGGGAAUGCAUUCCCGCUGAUGGUACCAAUGUUGGGUAUCGGUUGCCAUGAAGAGCUGUUCGUUCGUGCCCAGUAACCCAGCUCCAAGGCACAGCAGCAGUGGAUAACAUUUUGUUGCUACUGUUCGUUCCUUUUGUAUACACACACACUAACCAACAGUGCUUGACAUCCUCGUCGCCUUGGAAGGGAAGCUGCCAUGAGCGGUGACAUCUGCCGGCAGUGUUCUUCGCAUUUGCCUCGUCGGUUUCUGAAGAUAUCUGUUUGGCAUUGGUAGAUGUGGAUGACCGUGAGAUGGGCCAAAUGUCAGCGCUUGUAAUGCUUUGCUGGCUGUAGCCUCUCAUCUCUCUCGUGUCGUGUGUUAGCGGGUUGCAUUUGACAGUUUAUUGUUUGGUUGUGAUGUCUGGUCAAUUCAAUGACAAGAUUGAUGAAGAGUGAAUCAUCUCCUUGUACACUUGUACAUCAGUUUUUUGGACAUUUGAUAUCUAUACUCUUGAUCUACACAUUUCUUA